AUGCCUCAGGGCGCGUUUAACUACAAUAUGGAGCCUAGCCGGCCUCCUCUGCCACCCCCUGAACCUCAAGCACCAGGUCAAUCGCCAAAUGCGCCUUGGUACGCUGAGAAUGGACGGUUUUACGCUACUUUCCACCCGGGCCAAUACUUGAUGCCCAUAGAUGAGAACGAACUCGACAGAAUGGACAUUAUGCACAAAUUCUUCACCGUGGCACGCAGGCAAGAUGCUCGAGCGGGCGGCCUGCAUGAAGCAAAGAUUAGUAGUGCCGAACCCCGUAUACUCGAUCUUGGGUGCGGCACGGGUAUAUGGGCAAUCGAUAUGGCUGACUCAUACCAGUCUGGCAGAGUCAUAGGUUUAGAUCUAAAUUAUUCCCAACCAGAAAGCAUCCCUGCUACUAUCGAGUUCCGUCGUCAGGAUAUUGAGGAAUAUCCUUGGGGACUAGAGCCAGAUUCCUUCGACUUGGUCCACUUGCAGAUGCUCGCAGGAAGCAUCCGCGACUGGCCUACUUUGUACAAAAACGCUUUACGGCAUCUGAAGCCAGGUAUCGGAAUGAUUGAACAUGUCGAAAUCGACUUUCACCCCCUGAGCGGAGAUAACAGCUUGCCACAGGAUUCAAAGCUCCGCUUCUGGUUCAACGAGCUGCGAUCAGCCUUUGAGCAAGCUGGAAUGCCCUUGAGCCUUGAGCCCGCGCCAGAAUCAUGGCUCAAACAGGCUGGUUUUGAGGACAUCAAGCGCAACAUCAAAGAAAUCCCUUACCACCCUUGGCCAUCUUCCGAGCUCCAAAAGGAAAUCGGACGAUGGUUGAAUAUGGGCAUGGUGCAGGGUAUAGAAGCCAUGAGCAUGGCCCCUCUGACGCGAUACAAAGGGUAUUCAGCUGCUCAAGUUCGUUCCCUACUUGAUGAUGUUAAGCGGGAGAUUUGUACCCGUUCCUUCAGGUCGCAUUGUACCAUGUGA